UCAUUGCUUAUGCAACUGAGGCCAAUGGAAAGAUGCUAUGGUCUUGUUGGAGAAGAUGAUGAACGCAGGAAUCGAACCGGACGUCGUUACUUAUACCUCCGUCAUUCAAGGAGUUUGCAAUUCCGGCCAUUUGGAAGAGGCCCGAAGACUGCUGAGUCGUAUGGUGCAAAGCAGAGUCAUGCCUGACGUUCUAACCUUCGGUAUCCUGGUGGAUGCACAUUGUAAAGAGGGAUUGCUUGUAGAGGCAGAGGCCGUAGUCGACCAGAUGAUUCAAUUAGGUAAAGUGCCUGAUAUUUUCAUCUACAGUACAUUGAUGAAUGGUUAUUGUUUGCAAAAUAGGAUGAAAGAUGCAAUGGAAGUGCUUAAUUUGAUGGUUGAAAGAGGCUGCUCACCUACUGUUGUUACUUAUAACACGUUGAUUAACGGAUACUGCAAAGCGAAAAGAAUGGACAAGUCAAAGAUGUUUUUCCAAGAAAUGCUUCAAAGGGGCCUGAUUCCUGAUGUCAUCACAUACAACACUCUCGUGGACGGAUUUUGCAAGGUUGGGAACCUUGAAGCCGCAGCGGAGCUAAUUAAUGAGAUGCAUUCUCGCGAUCUCUCCCCAAAUCAUUAUACCUUGGGUGCUUUCCUCAAUGGCUUGUGUAAAGCGCAGCAGAUUGACAAGGCCAUGAUAUUGCUUCAAAAGAUGGAAGAUUCCAAAAUCAUCCCUAACAUCGUGACUUACAGUAUCCUAAUAAAUGGCAUGUGUAAUGCCGGAAAGCUCGACGAUGCAAUAGGGCUGUUUGAUUGUUUGCAUGCU